UUAACGAUGUUAUACUUGAAAAAAUAAUGACACAAAAAUGGUAGCGCGGAAAUAUAACGAAAUGGCCGCCCUAUAUUACGUUUUAGUGUUAGCAUUUGCAUUUGCUCAAUUAGUUGAGGGAUUUCAUUUUACAACGCCAUUAAUAAUUUGGAAAAAUACGAAAAAGUUGGUUCCUGAAAAUAUAUUGGCUGGACAUACAUAUAAGGCAUCUGAUGUAUUUGAAAAAUAUAUUCAACAAGAGUUAAACCAAGAAAACAAUGUUUUUGUUUUUAUUCAAGAUGAGCUCAGCAUGGAUGACUUUAUGAAGUAUCCAGAUUCGUUUAACUAUUUAAAGUAUGCCAUUGAGAACCACGGUGCACUUUUAUUUCCUGCCGUAUCCCAAAAGCAACAAAGUUUUAUCAAGUUAAUUCAAAAUCAUUCAGCUCAAAGUGUAGAAGAAAUUUUUUCUUCUGAUUUGUCUGAUUGGAAGUAUAACUCACAAUCCAAGUCACAUGUUUACAUUUUUCAUUUGGAUCCUGUUAUUGGUGCUGAACUGAAGAAAGAUAUUUUGUUACAAAAUAACAAACACAUCAAAAAGAUUAUCAGUGAAGUUGAUGAAAUCAAAAAACCUUAUUCAGUUGUUUUUACCUCGCAGCAGCCAUCACAGUUUAUAUCAAAUAUUUUGAGUAUGGAACAAUUAUCAGGAUCAUCUAUCAGUUCUAGACAUUUAUUAAGUCAAGAAACAUCUGUUUCAAAUAUUUCUACUGGGACCUUUUUCAAUAAUUCUUGUGUCUUUUUGUUUGCUUCAAGCAUAAAAUUUGGUUUUAACUCUACAACUGUUGAUUUUAUUAAUCCUAACAAUUCUUGGAGUGUUGGUGGCUUUUGUAGUAAUUCAAGUAACAGGUUUUACAGCAUUUCAAUGGAGACCAAAAAUAAUGAUGACAAACUUAGUCUAAAAAUCGAAAUGGGCUUUGAAAAUCAGACUUUGUAUUGGACAUGUUUAAAUAUAACAGUCAAUGCUAUGAUAAACAAAACAGAAAUCCAAACUUUUUUCCCUUGCGAUCACCGUGAUUUCUCAAGUGAUACAUAUUUCGCUGUUCGUGCUCCUUACGACUUUUCGUACACGUGUUCAGACAUACAAUUUAAAUCAUUAGAUUACAUAUUAACAAUCCGUGAUUUGCAGUUGGAGCCUGGAAUGAGUGGUUUUCGGGUAUUUUCUACUGAUUAUAGCUGCACUGGUUUCUUUACACUCGAGAUUCUUACCGGUCUUAUGACUGUUUUUGUAAUGAUUAUUGGACUCGUGGUCGGAAUAGGAAUGCUUUCCGCCAUUCAAACUCAAGAUCGUUUUGAUGAUCCGAAAGGUAAAACCAUAUCGGUGCCAUUAACUGAAUAGAAAAUUCGUUAAAGAUGAAUAGGGAAGCGUAUUAAAAAAAUAUAAAUAUAAUCGUUUUCCUACUACUUUUUACUGAUAGCAUUGCGCUGGUCUUUUUACCUUAAAAUCAAAAAAAACACCUAAAAAAAUUUCUUACUUUUACUUUAAUUUUAAAAGCUGUUCGUUUUAUAAAGACUUUUGAUACUUGACAGUAAAUAAAUAUCAGAAUAAUAUUUAUGUAAAUGUUUGAAUUUUAUUUUUAAUUUGCAAAAAGAAAUUACAGAAAAUUAUUUCACAAA